UCCUCAGCUUUUAAGCCCAGAGAGGUGCUGAGCCAUGGCUGACUUGGACCACAACCUCAGUCUCGCAGAUGCCCUGACUGAGCCACCACCGCAGAUUGAGGAGGAAGUGAAACGGGAUUUUAUCGCCACCCUGGAGGCGGAGAAGUUUGAUGAUGUGAUCGGAGAAAAAGUUGACAAAACGGACUAUGUCCCUCUUUUAGAUGACGACGACCCCAAGGCUGGGAACCAGGAAGCGAAAACCAAACCCCACGCUGACAACGUUCAGGUGGAGC